UAUUAUAUUAACCCCAUGACUGCAUAACCGUUACAUCAAAGAUACUUUUGAGUUUGUUAACCAAUUCAAACGACCCACAGUGCCACCUGGUGGAAUGCUUUUCUCGGUGGAUGCCGGUGUCCUGGACACAAACACAGAGACCCGCUUUGGGCUGAAAGCGGUACGGGACAUUUUUAAUCGGCACCCGGACCCCACGAGGCCGGAUGAGGCCCUCCUCACGCUUUGAGGAUGAGGUCUGACUAAGAAUGACUUUGAGGUGAACUCAGAGACAUUUCUACAGAUUCAUGGCACCGCCAUGGGCAAAGAGGUUGCCCCGCCUCUGCGAACAUCUACAUGGCGGACUGGGAACGUACAGAGUUCCCUAAAUGCGUCCAGUUACCGAGCCUUUACAUAAGAUACUUAGAUGAUAUCUUUGGGAUCUGGAAACAUUCCAGAGCUGCUUUCAACGAUUUCAUUGCGGUCUUCAAUAAUCACUGUCCGUCAAUCUCUGUUCAAUCUAAAACUAGAGAACAUUGAAUUCCUGGAUACGGAGGUGUUCAUGGUGAAAAAAGAAAAGUGAGAGAGUGGUCUGGGGACCAGCCGCCAUGCACCGUCACACAGAUCCAGUUCCCACCCCAAACACACACUCAGGGGGACGAGGUACCACAGGAUCGGUGCGGGGGCACAGGACGCCGAGUUAGGGACAGGGAUCCUGUCUCGGUUGUUGAGGGGGCGGGGCUAGAGUAGGACAUUCCCUGGAACAUCAAAAGGGAGGUCCGGCAAGGUAGAACCCCAUCCCAGGGAGACCACCAACAGGGUACGGAACCCCUUGACCGCCACAUUCUCCUUGACCUCCAGGAACUUUAACACAAGGGCCAAGAACCACAUCAAGAGGGCCCAGGACCACUUCAAGAGGACCCAGGACCACAUCAAGAGGGCCCAGGGCCACUUCAAGAGGGCCCAGGACCACUUCAAGAGGGCCCAGGACCACUUCAAGAGGGCCCAGGACCACAUCAAGAGGGCCCAGGGCCACUUCAAGAGGGCCCAGGACCACUUCAAGAGGACCCAGGGCCACAUGAAGAGGACCCAGGACCACUUCAAGAGGACCCAGGACCACUUCAAGAGGACCCAGGACCACAUCAAGAGGACCCAGGACCACAUCAAGAGGACCCAGGACCACAUCAAGAGGACCCAGGACCACUUCAAGAGGACCCAGGACCACUUCAAGAGGACCCAGGACCACAUCAAGAGGGCCCAGGGCCACAUCAAGAGGGCCCAGGGCCACUUCAAGAGGACCCAGGACCACAUCAAGAGGACCCAGGACCACAUCAAGAGGACCCAGGACCACUUCAAGAGGACCCAGGACCACAUCAAGAGGACCCAGGACCACAUCAAGAGGACCCAGGACCACAUCAAGAGGACCCAGGACCACAUCAAGAGGACCCAGGACCACUUCAAGAGGACCCAGGACCACAUCAAGAGGGCCCAGGGCCACAUCAAGAGGGCCCAGGGCCACUUCAAGAGGGCCCAGGGCCACAUGAAGAGGACCCAGGACCACUCCAAGAGGACCCAGGACCACUCCAAGAGGACCCAGGACCGUGUGCCAUUGUUGGCAAAUUUUAAAAUCAUAGCAGCUUUGAGAAGAAAUAAGAACUUUGAAGACAUUAGUACAUUCUUCCCUGGGAAGGAAACAUGAGAAGGAAAAACAUGCAGGACAUUUUAGAACCAUCACAUAGUGAACUCUCCCCUGAGGGACCAGGUCCCCGAGCCAGACUCCUCGGUGGAAUGCCGAGCUGUGCAAAGUUGUGCAUUGGCCAAACCAAAACCAGCUGAGUCACCAGAUUAAAUCCACACGUAUACAUGACUGUCUCAAAACACCAACCUGUAUGAGCCCUCAUGGGGCUGGAGUCGGCCCCCUGGUGGUCAGACCGGCAAAGGCUGCAAAGGAAAGGAAGUGGAUUGGGAUAUUAAAAACAUUGUAUCCCCCACAGCCUGAACCACAUCUAGUAGGAAACCAGCUACUCUGGCCUUACCUGUUCUCCAUUGGGAGACCUCGAGGGACACCCGUCAGAACAUAAUAGCAGUAAAUAAAUAAAUAUACACCCACUGGUCAAUAAACUAGGAAUAUAGUUUGAGCCCCCGAGCCAGCAUACUACCUAAGGGCAGGUACAGAUCUGUUAUACCCUGAUCCUGGAUCCUGAACCCUGACCAGGGUCUCUGGGGGUCUCUGAGGGCUGUGAUAGGGUUGUUUGGGAGUUUUUAUUGAUCCGAUGUGAGGUCAAAGGCCAGGGAUAUCUUUAUGUACAGAUUGUAAAGCACUCUGAGGCAAAUUUGUGAGAAUGGGCUAUCCAAAUAAAGUGAAUUGAAUUGGGAGUCUCUGAGGGUCUGUGCAGACCUACAGCUUUUUACAGACCUUGUUUCAGAGAUGUGGAACGCUGCUUCUCCAUGUUUAGUUCUGAAUCUGGGGACCAGGAAGUAGACCUGUCCCAGACCACCUAAGGAGUCUGGAUGGUUCAUAAGGGAGAAGCAGGUCACACGUGUGUAGGCCCUAAACCAUUCAGGGCUUCAUUGACCAGUUCUUUGUUGGACAGGAAGCCAGUGCAGCGACCUGAGAACUGGACUGAUGUGAUCCACUUUCCUGGUCUUAGUAGGACUGGAGCUGCAGCGUUCCGACUGACUGAAGAUAAACGGACAAGUUUAGUCCCCUAACCCUUGAUAUGGUGUUCAGGCUGAUUGUGUGACGGUCUUGAUAUGUUCAGGUGCAGGUCUGAAUCCAUAACCACGAGAACAAAAAGACAAACGACAACUACAGAAGUAUAAAGACGACCACAACGAGACAGAAACAACCACAUAGAGGCCACAGGGACACCCAAUGAAACACAGCAUCUCUUUACCAGCCACAUCAGUCCGCUGUAAAGCAGCAGGAUUAUUUGUAUGCUUUGAUUCUACAUUUAUUCCCACAUUGAAUCUUUCUUCUCCAACACGUUUGCAUGUGUUUGUGCUUCUUCCGUUUCAGAGGGGAA